CUCCGCUCCAGGUGCGGCGGCGGCUCCCGGCAACGUCCCGCUCGCGGCGGCGCCGGUCGGUCGGUCCGUCGGUCCAGGCGUCGCGUCGCGUCUGUCCCGUCCCAUCGCGUCGCUCGGCGCCGCCGGGUCGCCGUUCCCCGGGGUCCCCGAUUCUCUCUCCCCGCGGCCGGUUCCUUCGCGCUCCUCCCCGGGCUGGCGGGUCCCCGUGUCCCUCGGCGCGGCCAGCUCCCUCCCCUCUUUGUCCCGUCCCCCCGGCCUGCCCGGUCGGGGUCUCUCGGUGCCGCUGGUCGCUCCCGGGGUUUUUCGYUUCGUCCUGCCUCUGCCGGUGCCCKGUCCCCGGGGAUAGCGUUUCCUCUCGGGUCUCUUCCAGCCCCGCACCCGGCAGCAACAUGUGGCUCCUGGAGCGGCUGCGCGGGGUGGCGGAGAACGGCGGGUCCCGCGGCUCGGGGACRGACGAGUCCUCGCGGGGGUCCCGCUACAGCAACGUCCUCACCCCCGACAAAAUCCCCGACUUUUUUAUCCCGCCCAAGCUGAGCGCGGCUCCCGCCGAGGCUGAGGGCUCCGAGGUCCCCGCAGCGGCCGCUCUGGGUGCCUCAGUGUCAGAGCAGGACCUGGCCGGGCGCAAACCCCCGCGCAGCCCCCGGCCGUCCAGCCGCUCCCGCUCCCGGACCAGGGGGCGGCACAUCAUCCAGAUCGAGACCGCCGAGGACUGGACSGAGGACAGCUGCGGCACCAACGCGGACCCGCAGGCACAGACGGCCAUGUCGCUGCCCUACGUGCCCAAGGCGCAGACCUCCUACGGCUUCGCCACGCUGAUGGAGAGCCCUCACACGCGGCGCAAAGAGUCCCUGUUCCACAGCGAGCACAGCAGCCUCUGCCCCUCRCCCGUCACCUCGCCCAGCGCCCAGCGCAAAGCCAAGCUCAACGGCGAGAGCGGCCGCCGGACACCCGCCGACCUCGGCGCGGCUCUCAUGCACCCCGGCCGCUACUUCAGCGGCGGAGAGAGCGACACGUGCUCCUCCGCCGAGUCCUCGCCCUUCGGCUCCCCGCUGCUCUCCCGCUCCGUGUCCCUGCUGAAGCUCUUCAGCCAGGAGAGCCAGUCCAAGGUCAUCAAGCUGAAGCACUCGGUGGCCCGCAACAGCUCGCUGUCCACCGACGACAGCUCGGCUGACACCAGCCCCAGCGCCCAGCGCCGCGCCAGGAGCGCUCCGGCCGGGACUCAGCCUGCCACCGCCGUGCUGCCCCUGGACCUGCCCGCGGGCCGGGACCGGGAGCACAGCCUGCGGCUGAGCCGGGGCGGGAGCCUGCGCCUGGCCGCYGAGUACGACCCCUCCAACGCCCGGCUGCGGGUGCGCCUCGUGUCCGCCGAGGAUCUCUACGACGCCCUCGUCGACCUGCGCAGCAUCAACUGCUGCGUCUCGCUGUGCCUCAACCCCGGCAAGCUGCAGAAGCAGCGCAGCACCAUCGUCAAGAACAGCCGCAACCCUGUCUUCAACGAGGACUUCUUCUUCGACGGGCUGGGCCCCGGGCACGCCAGGAAGAUGUCCCUGAAGCUCAAGGUGGUCAAUAAGGGCAGCAGCCUUAAGAGGGACACGCUGCUGGGGGAGAAGGAGCUGCCACUCACCGCCCUCCUGUCCUGCCUGUAGGUACCUGCUGCCAGCCCCAGAGAGAGCCCGCCCACCUAUGGGGCCGGGGCUGGGCAGGGAGGCCGGUUCUGUCCCCCAGCUCCGCUGGAGGAGGGUUUGGAAGGGCCCUCUGAGGAGGGCCGGGCUCUGGGCACAGCGUGGGGGUCCCCAGGAAUGGUGCUGGUGUGGGGCUCUGCCAGCACCAGCGGGCAGUCACAGCCUCUGCCCCUGCUCCCUCCCUGCUCCUGCCCCGGGGCUGCAUCUCCUGGAGCYCAGCAGGAAGUGGGGAACCUCCAGGUCAUUCCCCAGCAGGAAGGACGGAAGCACCUGUGGGACUCUUCCCUCCCUGUGCCUGCGGUCUCCAGCUGCCGCCUUGCAGGUUGGAGGUGGGUAAAUCUCUGUAGCACUCUUAGGGCCACCUCUCAAAGCCCCAGCUCUUGCAGUCAGGUGACAGAAUCGAUCUCAGUUUAAUGGAGAAGUUAGAAGUUUCUAGAAGACAAGUUUCUAGUUUUGGAAACUACAAAGAAAAYACUGCAGAGGUGACCCGAGAGCGGGCAAGGGCGGUCACCCUGGGGGAUGAGUCAGGUUUGUGGCUUUUGAGCCUUUCCUGGACUCCUCCCAGCCCUGCGGGGCUGCUCAGGUGCAGAGUCUGACACCUGCAGCCUCCCGAGCCACCCUCCCUGCCCACCCCAGUGUCCCCCACUGCUGACCCCCAGUGGGAACCUGCUCACGGAGCUUUGGGGGCUCUGSUUUCCCCAAAUCCAGGAGGCUGCCUGUGCCUUUUUCCUGCCCACAGGAGGGAGAUCCCGGGGCUGGCACCCCUUGCCCUGGCAGGAGUUGUCCCAGGCAGUGUCCCAGCAGAUGUCUCAGCUUGCUAACAAAAGCUGAGGUGACAGGAGCAGCCCUCCCUGAGUGCUGGGGCUGUCCCAGGGGAGGCUGAGGCUGAAGCUCCACAAACCUUCCGCCCUCCCUUGCCUGGGAGAGUUCACCAAGCUCCUGCGCCCAGCGGGAUCUACCUUCCCAAAGUGAAGCGAGCGAGGUGCUCCCAACCCUUCCCAUCCCAUC